AUGGCGUUGCCAACCUCCACUUCCACCUCCACCGUGGCGUGGUCGAACCCGCUGCAACCACCUGCCUACAACUCCGUUGCCGCGCGAACGACCCUGGCGAGACCUCCGCCUGCGCAGGUAGGUCACAGCGACACUCCAAUGCGCGACCCCGCUUUUGACGCUUCGUCGCAGCCAGUAGCCGCCCCGUCCGAGAAGCCGCAGAAGGUGGAGUGGACACCGGAGGUCCGCGAGUACGUCGGACGUGCAUUCGAGGCUGAUAAUGCCAUCACUGGUAUCUCUAGGGAAGAUACCACGAAGAAAUUGAAGGACGUCAUCAGCUUCUUUGCUGAACGGAGCCAGCUUGAGAGUGUCGACUGGUCUACAUAUCCCUUACCACAAGAACUACUUCGGGACGAGCGCGCGGCCGCGUGGGUUCAGACCCAGAACAACCCUCUCCUCUCUUCUCCUAACGGCCUCGCUAAUUCCGCGUUUGACAACCCCCAAUCUAAGAAGCGCAAGUCGCAAGACAAGACCGACCUGUCGGAACCCGCAGACAUGUCUGUCCCGCCUUGGCGCCGAACUAACCUAGAAUCUCGCAUCACAUACAGCAAUGGCCACAACGAUAAGCGUCACAAGAAGAAUGCGCUGUCCGGGGAUGUCUCUAGUAAGUUCGAUCAGGCUGACCUGGAAAAGCGCAAGCAGCGUUUCCAGCUUGGCAAAACCGGCAUUUCUUCGACACCGCCAUGGAACUCUCCUAAGCCUGAUUCCGAUGCAGAUAUGGACAAUGCCCCAUGUGUUGGUACCAACAUGAGUCUCGAGAAAAGCUAUUUCCGUCUGACAGCACCCCCUAAACCGGAGACCGUGCGACCUCAACACGUGCUCGAAAAGACCCUCACGAUGCUGCGAAAGAAAUGGAAGGCCGAAAAGAACUACGGGUACAUGUGCAACCAGUUCAAGUCGUUACGCCAGGACCUUACCGUGCAGCAUAUCAAGAAUGACUUUACCGUAAAGGUCUACGAGAGUCACGCCAGGAUUGCAUUGGAACAGGGGGAUAUGGGUGAGUAUAAUCAGUGCCAGACGCAGCUGAAGGCAUUGUAUUCGCAAAACUUGCCUGGCAGACCGGACGAGUUCACCGCGUAUCGCGUCCUCUACUUUGUGUACACAUGCAACAAGACCGACAUGAACGAUUUGUUGGCAGAAUUAACCCCAGCAGACAAGACCAAACCGGAGAUCAAACAUGCAAUUGAUGUCCGUUCAUCGUUGGCCGUCGGCAACUACCAUAAGUUCUUUAGACUGUACAACAUUGCACCGAACAUGGGCGCGUACUUGAUGGACAUGUUCAUCGAGCGCGAGCGCUUGCAUGCUCUCGCUAAUAUCUCUAGAGCAUAUAUGAAUGUCGGGCUGCGUUUCCUCACGGACGAACUCCAAUUUGGAGACGAUAAUGAAUGCCGUGAAUUUCUUGAGUCCCACGGUGCUUCACAAUUUAUCGACAAGAAAAUCGACGACCACGGCAAACCCCAAUUCCGUGUCAAAGUGAAGGAGGCUGCCUCUAUGUUCGAAAGCCUUCGUCAGGCUGCGUUUGCCUUGGUAGACAUCAAAGGUCAGAAAUGA